CUUCACACUAUAUACAACUAUAAGACAUCAGUAUGGAUGGCUGGACUCUGCUGUCGUUUCUGAUGCCACUGCUCCAACUUAACAUAUAUGGAGCUGCCUUGGAUUCCUCCACCCCUGCUGUCAUCCCAGACACCUCGACAGCCUCCACCCAGUCUACUACCACAGCCACCUCUACUUCUGCUCCAUCCCUGCCAUCCACUACAUCCUCCGCUCCUCCAUCCAUCCCAGCUGCCUCCUCAUCCACUACUUCAUCCAGUACACAGGGUGGAUGUGCCAGCCCCUCUGUAUUGUGUUGUACAGGCCAAGACAAUAGCUGUACCAGAGUGGACUCAGAUACUAACAGACAAUGUUUUUGUGACGAGGGUUGUCAAGUUAACCAAGAUUGCUGCUUGGACUACCAAGGAAUAUGCAAAGAAUCCUACAGUACCUCCACAGCUUCACCACGAGAUGGCAGUACACACACAGAUCCCAAAGAUACUAGACCAUUGGUUGUCUUUUUGACGUUUUCUGUCCUUUCUGGGGAGAACAGUGAGGAGGCUAUAGUCAAUGCCUUACAGAAUUUUUUAUCCCAGACCCAAGCCCACACCCAGGGGAAGCAGACCAAUGCAAUCCUCAACAUGAGAAUCAGACGGAUCAGAAAGAUAUGAUGUCAAGAUCUCCUCCACAGUGGCUUCAAUUCUCACCAACACACUCCAUGUUCUAUUUGAGAAUAUACCACCAGGAGGCAGUGAAACUCUGAAUGGUGUGGACUUUUGCGUGAAGGGGGAAAUAUACAAAGGCAUUCAAUAUGAUCUGCUGCUAGAGUAACCAAAGCUACAAAGAGAAUGAACAUUGCUAACAUUUUAAUAUUGCGUAAGGCAUAGUUUAUUCACUUAAUUUGAGGGCAGACAGACUCCC